CCAUCUUCGUUUUAUCUCUCACCAACGCUGCAGGUUCGCCAUGGACUGGCUUGAUCCUGGACACGUUCGUUCUUCCCCAGGCUCUUGAAUGGGCUUUUUAAUCCCGUCCUAUUUCUGCUUAAGACAGCAGCCUACGCCGCAGAACAAUGGCUGCUGCGAGGCCAAUGCGCUCCAGCUGUCUGCGAUGGUCGCAUGCUCGACCAUGCGCAAAUAAAAUACAGACAUUGCGAUUUCCGACACGCAGAUACAUCCAUCCCAAUGAAUUCCAGCCCUUUGCGCCUCCUGCUCCGAGCUCCUUGGGCAAAGCGACCCCCGCAAAGACAUACGAUCGCACACGAAAAUGGCUACGACGGUUAUUCUACUUCACUGUGACUGCGGGCAUAAUCUACGGCGUCGAUAGACAGUUCUAUUCGUCGUCCCUGCUUCGAACCUCACGCACCUUUGGCCUGGGUCUGGUGGUCGCUUUGGAUUACAAGAUCAAUUUCCGCCCGAACCCGCCAUUCGCCGAAAACAUAACGGCUGUACAUGCGCGCAAUGCGGAACGUCUAUCAAGUCUCCUGCGUCACAAUGGUGGGCUAUACUUGAAGAUGGGACAGGCAGUCGCGCUGCAGUCGGCUAUUCUGCCGCCGGAAUUCCAGAAGAUGUUUUCGCGCAUGUUCGACGAUGCACCGCAGGAUGAGUGGAAGGACGUCGAAAAGGUGAUCAGGGAAGACUUCGGGAAACCAGUCGAGGAAGUAUUUGGCGUUUCAUUCAGUGGCGACCCGAAGAAAGGCGUCAUGGAGCGGAAAGCUAGAGCGAGUGCCAGCGUGGCUCAGGUACACUGGGCGAGACUGGAAGAUGGCCGGGAGGUUGCGAUUAAAAUCCAGAAGCGAGAGAUCGCGCAGCAAGUCAAGUGGGAUCUUUGGGCUUUCAAGGUGGUCGCGUGGAUCUACAGCAAGUGGUUCGAUCUCCCAUUCUAUAACCUAGUUCCCUUCGUCAGUGAACGGUUGCUCCUCGAGACAGAUUUCGUGAAUGAAGCGGAUAACUCAGAAAGGAUGGCAGAGCUUGUGGCUGGGGAAUCACGUCUACGGGACAGGGUAUACAUCCCCCGGGUUUACCGAGAGCUGAGCUCUAAACGCGUCAUGACAACGGAAUGGAUCGAAGGCGUGCGGUUGUGGGACAAAGAGUCCAUCACGAAGCCAUGGCAAGGAUCCUGGAGACAAGGCAGUCCUGGCAGUCAUGGAACGCCACUGGAUCCUCCAGGCCGCCAACCCGCCCUCCAGUCCAUCGCCAGGAGAACAGGCUUUGAUAUGAUCAAACCGGAGCGCAAUCAUUGGAAAGGCUGGAAGGAGCGUGGCGGACUGGGCCUAUCUGUGAAAGAUGUGAUGCAAACUAUGGUCGAUCUCUUUUCCGCGCAGAUAUUCCUUUGGGGUUGGGUCCAUUGCGACCCUCAUCCUGGCAACAUCUUCGUCCGACGCCAGCCUUCAGGCAAGGCAGAAUUAGUGCUCAUCGAUCACGGACUCUAUAUCCACAUGGACCCCACACUCAGACACCAAUAUGCUCGCUUCUGGAAGGCUCUCUUGACUUUCGACAACAAAGCUCUUGGUGAGAUCACUCGCAGCUGGGGUGUGAACAAUCCCGAUAUCUUCGCUUCCGCAACUUUGAUGAAGCCCUACCGCGGCGGAGACCUAUCAACAACGAAGAGUCUCGAGGGUCUCAGCAAGAGCGAAAAGGCUCAACGCUUGUAUGAAAUCCAACAAGCAGCCCGCAAGGGAAUCCGCGAGAUCAUCGGUGACGAGCGGAAAUGGCCACAGGAACUCCUCUUCGUCGGCCGUAAUCUCCGCAUCGUACAAGCCAACAACCAGUUCCUAGGCUCGCCUGUCAACCGCAUCAAAAUUACUGGAACAUGGGCAUCCCGUGCACUCGUCGAGUCUCCAGACUUGCCGUUGAAUGAGAAAAUCGCCAAUUUCGGCCGACAUAUUGUCUUCAAGAUGGUCCUGUUCACAACAGACGUCUUCUUCUAUUUCACCAAGAUCAGGCAGUUCUUCCGCGGGGGAGGUGGUAUGGAAGACGAUAUUGAAGCCCAUAUGCAGGUAAUGGCGAAGGAGAUGGGGGUGGAGUUGCAGCAGAACAUAUUCGAAGGGUGAUAUAUCUCACUGCAAAUUUAAGUGAUGAAAGAAACUAUAUAUAGAGAUCUAGACACGUCGUGGAGGUUUUGUAUAAUAGAGACAGAUAGAAAGAUCUAAAGUUGGGUAGAGUAG